CGGAAACUUUUUUAUUGUGCAAAUCGUGCCAUCUUGUCUUUUCUUUUCAAUCUUCCCUCUCUCUCUCUCUCUCUCUCUCCCUACUUUUUCUCAUCUUUUCUUUUAGUCCACUUUUUCUCUCGUUUUCAUAUUCCAUAAGCUCACUAAAUGACUUUGCUAUAUGCUUCGUCCACGAAGCUGUUUUCAUUUCUGUUAUCUUCAUCGUCGUCGAAUAAAGCCAAGAACACCUGUUAUCCAAUAUUUUCCGACAACACAACUGUUCAGAUCGCCAUCAUUCCACAUAAAGACGGAACCAGAGCAACUACUAAAUGCUUGAGCCCAAUGGAGACGGCCCCUACGCCCAAAAAGCCUAGGUUAAGCAGCCUGUUGAAAUUUUCUGGAGCAGCAUCGAUUAACCACAGGCGCCACCAUCGAUCCGGCAAUAACAAUACCACAUCAACAUCAUCAGCAAUAACGCCAGUGACAAGUACAUCGCUACCCACGACAAGAACACCAUCCGAUCCCUUCAGGCGACUUCCUCCCGAGCUUAUCCAAAGAUUGUUCUUCCAUCUCGACGCUAUCAGUAUCGGUCGACUAGCACAGACAUGUCGGCGACUCCACAUGAUCUGCAACGAUGACCAUGGGGUAUGGCGGACGUCAUCAUGGCACAGUCUCUAUCGGAACCAUCAUAUCCUCGAGCGACGAUGGCAACGUGGCCAGGCCAACAUACGGUACCUGACAGGCCAUACCGACAGCGUUUAUUGCAUUGUGCGAUAUAAACAGUAUAUUGUCAGCGGCAGCCGAGACCAUUCGGUUAGACUAUGGGAUCUUAAUGACUACACGUGUAUAGAGAGUCAAACGCAUCACGAAGGGAGCGUCUUGUGCCUGAAAAUUGCAACGGAUGAUGAAUGGAUGGUAUCGGGCUCGUCGGACGGAACAUGCUUGAUAUGGAAACUCGGCAACUUGGAGCCACUUAGCAGGCUUCGUGGUCAUACAAGCGGCGUGUUGGAUGUAUGUAUUGUCGAGAACAAGUAUAUCAUUACGGCUUCACGCGAUGCAACGGUCAGAGUUUGGGACCGAUAUUCAGCAAAAGAGUUACGACGAUUGGAGGGUCAUGCUGGUCCAGUAAACGCUUUACAAUCGUAUGGCUACCUUGUGGUUUCAGCUUCGGGCGAUAGCAAAGUCAAGUUAUGGAACGCCGAAAGUGGAGAAUGUCUGAGGACAUUUGAAGGUCAUACUCGUGGAUUGGCGUGUGCGCGUUUCGAUGGUACACGCAUAUAUAGCGGAGGACAGGACGCAAUGUUGCGAGUGUGGAACGCGCAAACGGGUCAAUGUUCAGCAAUGUUGGAAGGCCACGAUCAGUUGGUUCGGACAGUCGAUUGCUGUGGGGAUAGAGCAGUUACAGGCAGUUAUGAUCGUACAAUCAAGCUGUGGGACGCAGUCUCAGGGCGAUGUCUAUUAAGUUUUCAAGGUGGUCAUGACAGCUGGGUGUUCAAUGUAUUACUGAGCCGAACGCAGAUCAUUAGUGCCGGUCAAGACAAACGCAUAAUGAUCCUGGAUUUUGGCAGUGAAUUGGAUUUAGCGCAUUAAUUAAUCUCUACCAUAUCAUAAUUCCCCUCUCAUAUAUCAAUUUUACCCUUCUUUACUUAAAGUACUUGUGUGAUUGCAUUUAUAUAUGCAGAUCUAAUCUAAAUUUAUUACAGUUUUUGUAUUACAUGUUUGAUCUUGUCUGCCACAUUAUUAAUUCUGAAGUACAGCCAUG